AUGUUGAAUAGCUCAGCCCAGGCAUUUUGGAAGCCGGAGAUUCAGGCGUUGCUUCCUCAACUAUUCAAGCGUCCUGGUCUUGCGACGAAUGUCCUGGGACCUGCUGUCAAAGAGAAUCAGGCCGUACGUCUGGAUGCUGACUGCUUGCGCCAUCAUCGGAAGUGCAGGUUGCAAACUGCUCGCCGCCACCUAGCUGGGACGAUAUGUGUCGCGUACAGCAAACGAGGAGCUGGUCUUGCUACAGAUGAUCCCACGAUAAUUCCAACAAUGGCAUGGCUGGCGCUACGGCGUCUUUGCCAAGAGCCAUCAGUGAUUCAAGAAAACGUCCGUGGAUGCCCUCCCACACUCUUCCAGGAGUUUCUGGGAGAUCUCUAUUAUCUACAGGUGAUCGAAGCUGACGCUGUGGAGUAUGGGAGCAGUUGUGCCAGAACCAGACAGUUCAUUGUCAUGAAGCACAGAAAAAAGGUGUUGGCAGAGAUGUCACCACUUGCAAGAUUCCUUCGGCGUUUCCACAGGGCAGUGAAUUACACAUGGAGGGAACAUUUUUUUGUUGACCUGAUGAACGACACAGACGACAUUCUCAGGAGUGAGGCUGAGGCAGAACUUCGUUGGGCAAUCAACAGGCCUACAUCGAAGGCACACAACCGUCGUGAGGAGCCCUUGGAUUUAUCAGAUCCCGCCAUCUUCUUCAGUGCUCUGACUGAGACUGAAUCCAUGUACUUGGAGUCAUACAACAGCCAAUUCCCUGGGCAGUGCUGGUCGCUCAAUCAGGACCCUGAUUCCGGUCACGGAUCUACCAGCACUGAGUGGUCUUUGCAAACCGUGAUCAGCAACUGCCACUUGAUGUGGUACCAUGAGAUGCCACAGCCACGAUGGAUGUUCGCGAGAGAAGUUCUGAGCUGUUUAGGCUACCCGGUUGUGCCUGGAGUCUUCAACUACAAGAGUGGCAGCUCGACUCCGUUUGCAAGGCUUUGUUCUUUCAAUUGGGACCGCGACCCACCUCGAUCUGCCAGAACUAUGUGUGAGCAGGCUGGAAACAGCAUGCAUCUUUUUGUCAUGACAGCGCUAGAGCUCCACACUCUUGUGAACUACCAGUAUGCCUACGUGCCGCCUUUGAUUGCCAACCUAGCCCUCGCGGCAAAGAACUUGCGCCGAGCCCGAGAGCAUCAGAAACAUGGCCCACCAAUGAAGAGGGUCAUGCCUCCUCGUCGACAUGGAAUUGAUUCCAGUGAGCGGAAUACGAAUGAAAAGGGAGAGGAAAAGACCAAGGAGACUCCUGUGCUUUUACCUUUCCCUGGGAUUUUGACGGGCUUGGACCCAAAGACAGACAAGAGCAAGGUGAAGGAGGACAUCUACAACCGUGAGAAAAAUCUGUCUGUCGAAUAUCUAUGGGGGUCCUUGGAUGGGGCGCCGCUUGUGGACGCAAUUCUUUCUUGGUUCUCAGACACAGAGAUUGAGCACCUGCCGUGGUACUUUACUUCGGAAGAGGAUUCUUGCCAAUACCGUACCAUCCAACGACACCCCUUGUCCAGAAGGAUCCAAGAAAAGACGGUUCUUAGGUACCGGCGUCGUAUUCAAACCGAGGGCCUGAGUCAACGUGUUUCAGGUGAAGCUGUGAUGAUGUGGAAAAGCGAGGACCGGAAGUAUCCUUUGAUGGCUCUGGCUUUCAAUCAUCGCGCUGAGGCCUUCUACAGGGCUGAUGAGGUUGAGACAGAACAGGGCGAGUGCAAUCCAUACGUGAAGUCUGCCAAGGACAAAGGCUUGACGCGUGUCCCUGUGCUUCAUCCUGGAACUGGGGACCGGAUUGCAUCAAAGCUCAUCAAACUGAUGAAUGAAUACCAUGAAGGAAGUGGCAUCUCCUUUAUAGAUUUCUUCGACGAAGCUUUGAGCCUUGAAUCAUUGUGGAAAACACACUGCACUGAAAGCAGACUGACCAGUCACAAUCCGAACUACGCUUCCCUUCAACAACAGUUCAUACUGGGGGCUGCAAAGUCAGCAGACUUCAGCAGUCUGUUCAGCUGUUGGGAGCACUACAAGGAUACGGUCGCCCUGGUGCAUUCCAUGAGCCGCCUAGGCAUCAAAGAAUCGUUCGAGGAAUGGUGUAACAACAAUGUGGAGUUCCUUGAGGGCUCAAUCUCACCUCAAAAAGUCAUCACCCAGAUGCAUUCCAUUGCCCUCUUGGUUCAGGGCAACAUGAGGCGCUACUACAGCAAGUCCCUUCAGGCCAUUGUUGUGCUAGAGGCUCUCACGCUGUUUUUGCAGUACUCUGCUGUGGGUGUAAAGAUUGAGCCCAAGUGGAUUUUCAAGGAGGGCAGUGCUGAGAAUACACGACUCAUGAACCUCAUCAACCUCCCCAUGCUAAAGUCCCAGGCGAUCAAGAAGUUGACCUCAUCAUCAUCCGCCAGCAAUCAGGUUCAGCGAAGCGCUGACAAGGACAGUUUGAAGAAGAGGAUAAAGUCAGAGUUUGCCAAAGCCCUGGAAUCCGGAUCGUCUUCUUCAAGUGUGAAUGAGCCAAACACUGGUGGUGGUGAUGAGAACGAGCAAGAAGUAGAUCCAAAGCGCCAGCGAACCGGCAAGAACUUGCUCAAGAGCAUUGCCUUCAAGGGCUAUGAUGAGCGUGAAAAGGCUAGCUAUGAUGUCAACAUCAUGUCCUUCCAAAACGAUACGAGCAGGCCCGUUACAGCUUUGGAUGAAAUUCUGAGUGCUCUUCUCUUCGCGUGCAAACUUUUUGAGAAGGAGACGGGCAACCAAACAUCUUCUGAGGCCAACAAUCAAUCAGCUUCCUUGUCGGCCAAGAAGAAGAAGUCAUCUGGAGAUUUUGCUUUGGGAGCAGGUGAUGGCAGCAGUGACAAAGAUCCCGAGAAGGAGAUGGAGGAACUUGUUCAGAAGUACCACCCCGCUUUGAGCUUUUGUUUGAUGAUGUGGCUGAACUUUGCUUUCACGGGGGAGACGGUUGUGAAUUGCAAGCUCUUCAGGGCGUAUUCCUUGCUGCGGACAGAGCUACAGAACGUCAUGAUUAAGGAUAAGAAGGGCAAAAAAGGCGCCAAAGAUCAAGCUGAUGGCUCAAUCUCUGCCCUGCGCUUGGCUGAGAUUCUUUGCAAGACAUUCUCUGGUGCUGCUGCAGAGUGCGUGGCGGCUGAAGAUGAUGAUGAUGAAGAUGCCGCCUUGAACCGCAUUAUGACCGUGGUUCGCUCGAAGCAGCAGGAGAUCAUGCAGCCACUGAAACAGUUCAUGCAAGAGUGCAUCAACUUGCCACUCACCCUACAUGCUGCACCGCGAGAUGCCAUGGCUGAUUUGGCUAGCUUGGGCAAAUUGAGGACUGGUCAUGGCAAGGCUGCCUCAUCAACGAACAUUAGGGAUCUGACCCAUGUCAUGUCCUUGAUCAAAGGGACCAUUGAAGGUGCCCUCCCUUUCACUUGGCUCGCCUUUGGUAUGGACGUGGUGGAGAUCUUCAAUAGCAGGGGCUAUUUUCCACAAGGAACUGAGGAGGUGUUUCCUACCACCUCACAAUUGCAGGCUUUGAUUUCUUUGCGGAGCAGGUAUGUCCUUUCCAUCUUGAUUGAGGCCAAGGACUCCUUUGAGAUGUGGAAAAUUUCCUUGCCCGAGGGUCUGAUUCAGCUUUUGAGCAGCCUUGCGCCUGUCAUGAAGUUGUUCCCAUCUGGGGCUGGUAGUUCUUCUGGUUCUACAUCAAACAUGGAGGAAACAGCAUCAAAGCAGGCUGGGGCACUGGUCAGCCUGAUCACAGCUUACGACAAUCUUCAGCCACCAUCAACCUGGGUGGAAGCAUGGGUGAGCUUGCUGGCAGCUGGGAAAGAUUUCAAGGAAUUGGGACCCUUCCUUGAGAAGAAUACGGGAAUCUCACAGUCUACCAUUGCUGCGUCCGUGAAGCAGCAGAGGGUUCAAACUGAGACACCUGCUCCUGCUGAUGAUGAUCAGGCUGGGAGGGUGGAAACAAGCAGCACGGGCAAGGUUGACGGCAACGACGAAGAGAUGACUCCCAAGCUGAAGAUGGAAGUUGCUGCUAAAGCUGAAGAUGUUAGUGCUGAACCUUCGGCUUCCACUAUUCAACACAUGCUUUGCCUCAACGCUGUCAAUACCUUCAUUGACAUGUCUCAUGAAGGGUCAGAAUACCUGCAUCAUUCCGAGCACGCAAAAACAUUGGGUCUCCAUGCAGCAGACAUGUUCAGCGCACAGGGAUUGAAGGUCCUUGAACACAAGCUGACUUGUGUGGUUUGGAAGAGCUUUGAUGCAUUCUCCACGGGGAAGGACAGCGUGUUCUUGAACCUCCAGUCACAGGAUAGCAAAAGCAGAGUCCAAAUCAAGAGGCCAGUUUCGAAGGACUUGUGCUUGCCAUUUGCAGGCCCCGUCACCCAAAACCCACAAGUGGUGAAGGACGGCAAAGGCUUCCAUGUGACUACUCUCUUCGGACUUCCCUUCUACAUCUCAGCAUUGUCUGGUGAUGUGUUGUCGCAGGAUGUUUUGGUACCUGCAUGGACGGUUCGCUCUGUGACAAAGGCAGAUGCGGCAUACUUCCUCCCGGGUUCCACGAAAGCUCAGGUCUUGCUUCAGGUCCCUGACCAUGUUGAGAAACCUACGUUGCUUGAUGUGGAGUUGAUGUUCGUGCACCCAAGCCAGAUGGAGGAGGCAAAACAAACUGCGAAGGAAUAUUGCUACAAAUUUGGGCGCUAUU